CAGAGGCUGCGGAACGAGCAGCUAGCAAUCGAACAGCAUCGUCAGUCCCUCACGGUGAGCCGGUUCAGUCGGUCAAUUUCCAUCGUCUCGCAGUCCGUUGUUCGCAACGCUCGGUCCCAGUAGGUGGCUGCGUACUCCCAAUUUCUCUUUUUCUCUCUUUCUCUCUUUCUUUCUCUUCUUUUAUCGCGCGCGAUUUUCUUUUCCCCGCUCGCUGCCACUCGCGUCCGAGCAAGAGCCCGCGGUUCAGUGUUGCACCGAUUUAAAAAGCCCGCUCGUGCUCCGAACGGAUAACACGCGCGUUGUCCGAAGAACGAACAAUUAGUAGUGCAGUACGAUUUGUUGGUGGACAAGCAACUUCUCAUCCUCGAGCACGGGGCUGUUCCGUUUGUGGAUUUCUACCCUCUGCCUCUGCCUGUGGAUUACUCGACGUCCCGCGACGGGAACUUUUCUCAAAGGUGAGUACGGCUGAUCCACGGAGCCAGUUGGAGGAGAGACCUCUCGCUGCGUCCUCGAGUUACGAUCUACAAGGGUGGCUGCGGACGCUCGGAUCGGACACUCGAGAUAGGGACGAGGCGUAGGAUGGGCCCGACCGCGCGAACAGUCGUGCUACACUGAAGAGGAGGAGCUCCCCUGAAGAAGAGAGAGAAGGAGGAAGAAACGGAAGGAUGCCUGCCUCGCAGACCGCCGCCACGGAGCGGCGAAACGAGAGGAUGAUCACACACGAGCCGCCAAAAUUAAAAACGACCCUUAAAACGCCACCCAAGCAAGCGACCAAUCCUCUUCAGUUCGUCAAAGUAGGACCGUGCUCUUUGUACCGCACAGCUCAAGAGCAGUUGCAAAAGGUCCAGGAGGUGAAGAAGAUAAAACAAGAAGUUCGCGAUGAUCCCGAAGAUUGGCAAUCGAAUCUGGACAAUUGGAAGAGUAGUCGGAGGAAGCGUCAGGAGCAUAUCAUCGAGCGGGUGGUCGAGGUAAAGAAACUCGAGCUGGAGGAACACGAUCGGCAGCGUCGUCGAAGCAAGACAUUCUCGGAAAUGAUGGAAGAGAGAGGCAACAGGGGUCGAAAACUAAGCAUCAGCCUGGCCAUGUAUCACGAGGAAGAUGCCAAUGAUCUGAGCGAUCUUGGUAUUGGAACCAGCAGCGGAAAGAGCUCGGUUAGCGGCGACACGCAUGACGACACGCACAGUGUCUUGAGCGACAGAGACAGCGAAAUAGAGAAGAAUCACUCAGACGUGGACAACGUGGCGAGUGAGAGCGUGAUCCACAACGAUAUCACGACAUCGUCGGCGACCACGACGGCGACAACGACAACGACGACGAAGAAACCGUUCGGGAACGGGUUUCACAGUAGCAAUCACAGUCACAACAAUCAAGAGUACGAUUCAGCGACCACGGCGACCACCAGCUCCCCGGAACCGGAAGAGUACACGUACGAGGGUGCGAUUCGCGGCUACGUGUCACGAGUAUCGCAAAACAUACCGAGGCGAUCGCUGGUCAACCUGGACUCGAAGCUCGACAGCGCCAAGUCGUCGGCGAACGGUUCGAAGACUAGCCUGAACGACGAGGCCAAGUCCACGAUACCAGUGGUGAAAGUGGAUAUCCUGAAGAGGCGAGAGAUCUUCGAGAAAGCCUCGCAGAAGAGCAACGAAAGCAAGACGAACAACAGGCUCUCCGGGGAUUUCACCGGCACGAAGUCGAUCAAGGAACGAUUGUCGAAUUUGGAGAAGCAGAAGCACGAGGCGGAGAACAACACGGAGAAGACCGGGACUAAAGCGUUGAACAGACUGUCCGGCGACAUGAGCUCGAUCCGCGAGAGAUUGUCUCAUUUGGAGAAGCAGGCGUCGGAGAGGGAGAGCAAGAAUUGCGCGCACCGCAAGCUCAGCACCGACGAACUGGAGACGGUCAGACCGCUGCGGGACAGAUUGUCCACGUUGGAGAAGUACAGCAGCAGCGACGAGUCGUCGGCACUCGGCAGCGCAGCGCACGAGUCGCGACACAACGGCGAGCUGUCCGCCAGAUCGAUAAAGGAUCGUUUGAGCGCUUUGGACACGGCCAGGAGCAAAGAAUCCGCCGACAAGAGAUCGUCCUCCGUUGUUGGUAAGCACUCGCUGUGCUUCCGGGACCAGGAGAACCGAAUCGACACGUCGACACCCAGCGAGAGAAGCUCGUCGCCCGACUCGGAGUAUCGCGUGCCGAGAGCCGCCUUCCACAGAAGUCUGGACUCUCUGGACGCUGACGCAUCCAGCGGUCCCGACACGUUCGAGAGGGUGCAAAGUUUGGAAGAGUUGGAUUACGGUAGACGUUACCCGGCGUCGUCGUCGUCCGCCGAACUGCUGAACGAUACCGAUCGCGAGGAUUCCGGAAUCCACACGGCCGACGUUAGCUGCUCUGUUAGUCAAGCCGACGAACCGGUCGACGAGGACAUGGUGCAUGCCAGCACGAUCAUCGAGCGGCAAGAGGUGAUCGAGGAGAAGCCGGAGGAGCCUCGUGACGUCGAGACGGUGAACGAAACCGUUAUCGUUGAACAGCAGAGCGCCACCAACGUAUCCGCGAACGAGAUCACGACGACUUCUGCCAGCCAAUCGGACGCAGUAGUAGCAAAGAAGGGUACUGCUGACACUUCUGGGGAACUGUCGACUAACAAAUCACAAUCGCAGGCACACAUAGAGGUUACUAACUCUAGUACACUACGUUCCUGUCCUGCCACGAGUCGUCCGAUCGUGUAUCAAAGUCCCAAAGUACCUCCGCGGCGAUCGCCUCCCGACACGCUUCCCAAACCAAAGUUGCCUGCGUCCAAAGAGCAUCUAGACACUAAAACAGACUCUCUGCCCGCCAAAGAAUCGAAUUCCAUCCCCUCGAGUAACAAACUCCCCGCGGACGAACAGAAUUCGAAACUCGCUCUCGACGAGAAGGCGCGUAUCAUCUCGAAAGGGGACUCGACCAAAGUUACAGUUACCUCGUCUUCAGUAUCGUCGUUAGAUCCUGCCGUCGCAGACGGUCAUCCAUCGUCACCAGCCAGAGCGGCAGUCGCUCCGACGAACCUUCAACUAGAGUCUAACGCUACCUCAACCUCGAACUGCGCCGCGAAAGAAGUGGCAAAGACCACGACGCCGGUCACGUCACCGCGUACACCAUCCAAGAUUCCCACUCCGCUCCCUCGGAAGACCGUAGGCGUUAAAUCGUCGCCUACGAGCUCCGUGUCCUCUCCGAGUAGCCCCCCUGUCUCGCCGUCGUCCCCCAAAACCCCGUUGCUAAAAUUUAGACCGUCGAACGUUAAGAGUCCAAUCGGUCAGACGUCAUCUCCGCAAUUUCCAAAAGCAUCGGAGAUACCGAUUCCCGUCGGUUCCAACGUGUCGUGCAGCGCGAGCAUCGUCAUCCCCGUGUCAUCACCCUCCUCGAGUCUCGAACAGUCAUCACCAUCAUCGUCAUCACCCCUCAGCGCGAAACAUAUCUCCUCCCCGACGUUCAGCACGAAACACCAGGUGACGGUGGGCGAAGAGACACUGCUGCCUGCGGAAAGACGGCGAACGGUGGUGGAGAUUUGCGAAAAGGUGGUGGUACCUCAGGGCAAGACACCUACGACGCCCCCAGUGACGCCAUUCAUCACCGUGGAUCGCGUCAGUGAGAAGCAGAGCGCAGCGACCGAGGAACCGAUCGUUAUCGAGAAAGCGGACGACGAGGAGGCCGCGGCGAUUUGCCAGCCGAGCCCGAAGCCAGUCGAACACGAAGAGCACGAGGAAAAGGAAGCGACGAUGAACGGGAAGAUCGAGCCACCGGCACGAAACGCCAUCGAGGAGUCGAUCGACGUGCACGAUGCACCUGAGACCGAGCAGCCGGCCGCCAGCGUCCCUGUGGCUGAAAGACCGACGACCUUGACCCUCUGCAAACAGGAAAUCACCAAGGUGGACACGAUGAGCCUGCUUAGCCCCGUAUCACCCAUCUCUAAACAGAUUUUGCCACUGAAUUUAUCGAGCGACGAGGAAAUAGUAGCCGGCCUGGCAUUUCCUCUGGGACCACCGACCAGCGUGGAACCUCCAAAAGAGAAACCACCGCCGCCCCCGGUGGACAUCAGCGACGAGGAAAAUCUUCCAGUGGAACCUCUGAAGAGGUUGAACUCCACUCGCAGAAUAAAGAAGGAAUUACGUUCAAGGCGCUCCGAUUUCCUUGGAAUCGAAGGGGUAAACGAUGACGAAUUGGAGCGCGAGUUGACCCUAACGAAACCGCCAGAUAUGGCUGCGAUUCUGGCCGAAGAAAGACGCAUCGAGCAGCUUCAUCGUCGCUCGUACGACACGGACAGCAACUACGAGCAAGACUCCAGUCACGAAAGAGAUUCAGGAGUGGAGUUGGGCCACGUCGAGGACUGGACGAAGCAGCCGGUCAGUCCAGACAUGUCUCAACACAGUCGUCAAAGCAGCGAGCCAUUCGGCGCCAGCGUGACGUCUUCGGAAGAAGAUGAGAUUACGAAGAAGGAAAGGGAGAUCAUCGAGGUCCUCGAGAAAGAGGAACAGUGGCGGUACGGCAACAAUCGUGAGCUGAACAGUGACUUGGGCGAGAAAUUGGCGCACAAGCUGCGCGAGCUCGAGGAAGAGAAGAUGCAGUUGGAGCGGGAACGCGCCCAGGAAGCGGUUUUACGUCGGCAGGAGGAAACGCUGCGGAAGAACGAGGACAACAUACGAAAGCAGGAAGAGACGUUGCGGAAGCAACAGCAGGAAGAGACGGCCAGGCAGCAGGAAGCGGCGCGUGCCGAGGCAGAGGCGAAACACGCUGAGGAGAAGAGGCAAGAAGAGGAGCUGAGGGCGCAGGCGGAACAGCUGAGGAUUCAGAACGAGAUUGAAGAAGAAAGGAGGGUGGCCGAUGCUCGUCGCAUCGAAGAGAAACGUAUUAGGGCCAUGGAGAGUCAAAUUCGAGAACAGGAGAACACGUCGUUGGUUGGUGCUGGUUUGAACGAUGAAGAAGACGAGUUUGCUUCCGGGGAAGUCCUGAGAGUGGAAAGGGAAUUGCUGCAGCUAGAACAGGAAGAAUUGAAGCGCCAGCGAAACAAUUUGGCGUAUCGCGAGCAAAAGCAGCUGAAAUUGGCAGAACAGUUGCAGGAACAGUGGAAAUCCUUGCAAGACGUUGCGCAUACAUCUGCGAGUAACAUUCAACAGUUCAAGAGCCAACCGCCAGUGAAUUACAGAUCGUCGAUGCCGAAUCUUCAGCUUCAGGACGUGCAAAGAAGAAGACCACCACCUCCUCCCAUACCGCCGGCUAAACCGCUUCGUUUGAUUGAACAGAGGCAACGAGACGUUACCAUCAGGAGCAGCAGAAUUCCCUCGGCAGAUUCGAUUCCGCAGCAAGUGGACGCUUCUUUGCGGCACAGUACGUCGGUUACGACGCUGAGCCACGCUGGUCAACAGAUGAGCAGGCAAACGUUGCAAGCCCUAAGUGCAGUUCCUCGGCCGCGGAUCGUUCAGAGCGAUCAGUGGGUCCAACGAAGGAAGAGCGACGUGCCACGAGGCGCUCACGAUUUGAACUACCAGCACUGGCUCAUUCAGGAAGCGGAGCAGAGAAGGAUUAGCGAGAAGAAUCAGCGAUCGCCAGCGCGGAAAUCACAAAUGCACGUAACAGGAACGUCGGUUCCAUACGCUACGGCUCCUACGAGGUCGGACAGUAAACCGUUGCCUGACUCUAUCAUACAGACUCUCACGCAAAGAGUACAGAACAGAGCGCAGGAGAAGCCACUACCACCGAGGAGAAGAUUGGAGCACAGUACCAGCCAGGAACAUCUCUCUGCGUUGCAGCAUCAACCGCAGCAACACGUUAUGCAGCCGCAGAAACCUCAACAACCACCUGCGAUGAAUAGUGAGAAUCAGGAGAAAAUGCUGAGUGUCAGUGGGAAAAAGAAGUGCUCGCAUUGUGGAGAUGAAUUAGGUCGAGGCGCCGCGAUGAUCAUCGAAAGUUUGCGGCUGUUCUAUCACAUGGAAUGUUUCAAAUGCUGCGUGUGUCAUGUUCGGCUCGGUGAUGGAUUAAUGGGAACAGACGUGCGCGUUAGGAAUCAAAAGCUUCACUGCCAUAACUGCUACUCCAGUGACGACGGUGUCAAGUUCAGUUGCGUGUGAAACCAAAAUAGACCGGGGGCUAAUGGGACCACAUUGACUAACUUGAAUAUAGCAUCACACGGCUAUAUUUUAUAAGUUGUAGUUUAACCGCUUAGCUACCGGCGACACGCGACCGCGACACCAACGAAAACUAUACCCCUUUUUUUUUCUGUACAUAAAACUCUGGACGUGGUGUCCUCGUCUUGCGUGAGCUAUUCCCUCGUGCCUCCUUAAUUUAAAAGAUACAACGUGGAAUCAAGAUUUCAUUUUCACAUAACGCCGAUUUCUUUUCAAUCGACUAACCGUGCAGGUAGCAACGUGUAAAUAAACGUGUAUUUAUGUAAUUAGCAUAACGAUAGGGAAAAGAAUCCAAUGAAAUGGGAAAUUGCAAAAGAUAUGAUGGUAGCUAUAUCGAUACAUUGAGAAAACGUAAUGUGACGAUUUUUAACGCGUGGAUUUACAAUCGAGGAAUGAUUUGCAUGUAUAUUUUUGUAAUAUAAUUACUCCGUGUGGUAUUUAUGAGAGAAAAAAAAUCCCUUUGAUGUGUGACGGCUAUAAUAACGAAACCUUCUCCUGCCCAUUCUCCUAAUUCCUGUUUCAUUCUUUCUCUCUUUAAUUUUCCUUCUUCCAAAUGCUUGCGAAUCAAUGGACGAUUUCAAUCAAAUCGAAUCGCCUCUGCGUUUCGCGAGCGAUCGUUUAGAUUCUAGUUGAUUAUUAUAGAUAGUACAGUUGGUUAACUGUAGAACUGCAUGACAAGAUGCGAUUUCAAGGCUCGACUUUUGCGCUUCGUCCUUUUCCCUUCACCCUGUGUCGAAAUAAAAGGAACAAAAGAGAAAUAUGAAGAAUGUUAGAUACGUCGCGCGAUCCGACAACGAUGACUUUUCUUCGUUGUCUCUUUUAUCAAUCUUUUAUCGUCGUAUCGCAUUGAACACGCAUACUUGCUGUUGUGAAAUAUUGUAUGAUAUGUGUCACGUGUUAUUACAAACAUGUAAUUUUAUAUUAUCGAGAAUAAAUGUUUAUUAUAGCGAU